CAGACAAAAGUGUUGCCAUUAGUAGAUGUGGUCAUAACUCACGGCGGGAACAACUCUGUGACCGAAACAUUCAAUUUCGGUAAACCAAUGAUUGUAAUGCCAUUAUUUGGUGAUCAAUACGAUAACGCACAGAGAGUGGAGGAGAAAGGGUUUGGGAUUAGACUUAAUCCGCACACCGUUUCAGAGCAAGAAUUGCUUAACUCUAUUGAAAAGCUAUUGAAUGAUAAGCUAUUGAAACACAAAUUAUCCGUCGCUUUAAAGCGUAUCCAAAACUCCAAUUGUAACUCAAAGGCCGCAGAAGCUGUGGGAAACGUGAAUGCGUGCAUAGGUUUGGCUGAAGUACUGCUGAGUCGGGGCCACAAAAUAGUGUUCGCUAUCGAUAAGUCAUUUGCGGGAAAGUUAUCGCCGUUUGGUUUCAUUGAAGAAGUGCUGUCUUCCGACCAAACGAGUGAAAUGCCGGGCGAAAUGUUAGCCAAAUAUUUGCUCGAUUCGGGCCUUAUAUCAAACGUAUCGUCAUUUGAAUCGAUAAAAAUAUCGCGCGAUUCGGGUUUUAUGGAUGUAUUCUUUGACACCAAACGGGUUAACGAACCGUCACUGAAGGCGAUUGCGGCCAAACAUAGUCCAGACCUCUAUGUGAUCGACGACUUUAUCCCUUCGCCAACAAUUGUUAAAUCAAACAAACCCUGGGUUUAUGUCGUAUGCCUUAAUCCGUUGUGUGGUUUUAUAGAUGAAAAGUUACCGCCCAGUUGUUCCGGAUUUCCCAUAAAUGGUAACAGAAAUGAAUGGAAAGAGUUUAAAAAAGUGUUAAACAAUGCUUUUGUAAAACAAAAUAUUAAAUACAAUGAAUGGUUGGAAGAGGACGGGUUGCCAACAGUUGACGUCAAUAAGAUUACAAUUCAAUCGCCGUAUCUUAAUAUCUAUGGCUUUCCCGAAGAACUCGAUUACACAGACAUCCGACCCAUACCUGAGAAGUGGUUAAGAGUCGACACAUUUAUGAGA